AUGGAUAAUCGUUUGGAAAAAAAUGUUAACAAAUUGAUUGAGCGCUACAAGAAAACUAGUCUAUAAAUAGAUUAAAUGAUAUAACCAGAGUCGCAAAGUUCUCCUCCAAUCAUGGUUUAUCAUACUCGGUCAAGAUAAAGCAAGGCAAAUAUUAAUGAAGAGUAAUACUUGCAUUCCUAAAAGAUAAUAGAGAAAGCUCUUCAAGAGAAAAAAAAAAUCAUUCAAUUGAACAAAUUAGCAGACUUAGAGAAACCUUAAAUGCAAAGGAGAAUUAGGAAAAAGAAAAAUAAGAAAGACUAUUGAUACUUAAUAAAGAAUUGAAAGUACUCUUUUAAAUUGAAAAUUAGAUGACUUUAAAGGAUUAUAUUUAAGCAAAUAAGGAAUUAGAGGGAAAGCUAGGUUAAAGGGAGAGAAAUAUUAAACAAUUGGAAUUUGAAUUAAAAUCUUUUCAAGAUAGUUUAGCAAAGACUGAUAACAAUCAAAAGGAGAUGCGAUUAAAGUGUGAAAGUCAAGAAAAAAUAAUUGAGGAAAUAAAAUAAUAACUUCAUGCUUCCCGUUAAUAAUUAUAAUCAAAAAAGGAUAAAAUUUAAUUAUUGAAAAAGCAGAUUAAAUAAUAGGAAAAAUAAUAUGAUGAAUAGAGUUUAAAUUUUGGGAGGGAAUUAGAAAGGGUUCAAAAAUUGUGUGAAGAGUUUUCAGCUGAAAUGUAUAUUUGAGUGUUAUUGAAUAGCAACAAUUAAGCAGAGCAAAACAGAGAUUUGGAAGAUGAAAUUAGCGAGUUAAAGAAUGAGUCAAUUUAAAAAGAUGAAUAAAUUAGAUACUUUGAUUAAUUAGUAUAAGAUAUAAGAUUUAGAGAUGAAGAUAAUUAAAAGUAAAUAGAGUAUUUAUCUAAAUUAUUGCAAUCUCAAAAAGAUUAAACAUUACAAUAUUAAACCAAAUUUGAAGAGUCUUCAUCUUAUUUAAGUAAACUCUAAUAAAAUCAAUAAAACCUGGCUAUCAAUUUUGAAUAAGAAAUUAUUAAAAUUAAUAAUUAAAAUAAAGAUCUUUUUGAGAAAAAAAAAUAAAAAAUUAAUGAAUAUAGAUAAAAAGUAGAAUAAUUAUAAAAUAAGAAUUCUGAUCUUUAAAGAUAAUUGGACAUUUCAGAUAAAAAAUGCUAAAUUCAGGAACAUGAAUUAAAGAAACUAUCUUAAAUUUCUUAAGAAUUAAAGUCUAUUAAUGAUCAGAGUAAUUAAAAAUCAAAUCAUAAUGAAUAGAAAAUGAAUUCACUACUCUUGGAAAUAUCAGAGUAGAAGUAAGUUAAUUUUAAUUAAAAAGAGUUAAUUGUAGACCUUGAAUAGAAGGUAUCAUAAUAGAGAACCAUUAUUCACUAGGUAUAAAUAAUUAAAUAAAUUUAGCUAACUUAAGAAAAUUAAAAUCUUUCUGACUCUUUGAUUUAGCUACAAAAUUAUUCUAAAAAUUUAGAAUUUGAGUUUUAAGAGGAAAAGUAGUAAAAAGAAAAAUAAAUGGAUGAAAUUGAAUAAAAGAUCGACAUAUUAUUUGAAUAACUUCAAUCCGCUAAGGAUGAAUUAAAAGAUUCUAAGUAAAAAGAAUAAGACUUAAAGUCUAAAUUAAAGUAAUCAGAACUAGAGGUUGAAAAUUAAGUGUAGAAGUCUUUGAAGUAUAAGCAAUAGACAGAUGUGCUUAGAUAAACUAUUAAAAAUGUAAUUAUAUCUUAAUUUUAAAGUUAGAAGAUAAAUUUAAGAUUUAUGAUACUUAAACAUAGUAAGUGUAAGUUUAAUAAUAAAAAUAAGAAGAAUAAUAAAAUUAAUAAAAAUUAAAAGUCUUAGAAGAUAUUUAAUCAUUAAUCAAAUAACAUAGAAAAAUAUGA